CGAGGGAAAAACUUUAUACUGUAAGAGAUUUCAUACGAGCUAGAGGUAGAGCAUCGUUCUGCUUGUUGUACUUAACCUUACGAAAUAAGCGUUGUCAAUCGUAUUCUUGGUGCCAGUCGUAUUUUCAAAGCUGAAGGUGCUACACCGAGAUUUUCCUACUUUUUCGCGAACGCGAUCGAGUAUUCUCCAUCUCGUCCUGCUCCUGUUGAGGCAUUUGCUUCCAAGAACUCUUAAAAAAACAUCACUUCAACCAAAUUUCAGAAACAAGAUGUCGAAGCUUUUCAUCUUUUCGACGACCUCGUCCCUUUUCGCGCUCUUGACGACCUGCUCGAUCGCGAAAAGCGCGAUGGGGUCGAGCGCUUCUUCGAUGUCGAAUGUCGGACGGGAGGUGGUUUUUCGUGCAGAGUAUUCGAACGUGGGUCACGGCACUCGCUCUGAACAUGAGAGCAAGUGUUUUCGCGUCACUAUAUCUGACUCGCGGCGCCUUGGUCAAGGUGCUUACGGCGCACUGUACCCUGUGGAGCUGGUGGAAGACUGUUCUCUGUUCUGUCCCGUUUCCUCUGCGACGCCGAACAACAGAGAGGACCCAUCAUGGCCGCCCUCAGUAUCUUCAUUCUUAGAAGCGGCGCAUGCGCAAUCUCCUGGACAGCAACAGCAUGGUCAAGGAUGGGCGGCUGCGUCUUCGCCAAAAGCGGAUAGUGACGCUCCUGCAGGACCAGACGCAGAGGCGGGAUCUUCUUCUUCACCUACAGGACGACCACUUGUGGUUAAGCUCUUCUUCAAAAAACCGGAUCAAAGUGAGAUUAUUGAUAUGAAAAAAGAGGUCGCGAACUUGGAGGAACUAAAGGACCACGAUGAAGAUCGAACGGAUCCACGUGGAACUGGAAGCGACCCCAAUCCAUCCAAGGACGGUGGUGGCCACGAACGUUCUCGGGUUGCGCAAAUCGUCGACUCUGGUCUUGUGCACGUAUGCCAGGAUCGCGCCAUCUCUUUGUCAGACGAGGGGAACCAAGGGUCUUCCUACACGCUGGCAGCCACGGAAGCAGGUAAUUUUUAUGGCUACCGCGGAAAUACUGAUACAAAUAAGAGGCGGCCAUCGCCAUUCACUUCCAUAUUCUUGUCGACGACGAGAUCGAUGCUGCUUCCUUCAAGAACAAGGCAAGAGGUCAGCAACAUUGUAGGGAGUUCAUUCAAGCAAGCACAAAGACUAGACUAUUACACCCAGAAUCUAUUCGCUUUCAUCUUGAUCUUUCUCUUCUGCAUUGUAAAGAAUUGUUGUUCAUGUCCAUCAUAUUCUUUUAUAUACAGUCAUACGGAUCAUUCACUAUCUAAGACUACGUCCAGAAAAAUGUGCAGAUCGGCGGGCCGGGGACGCCUUUUAUUGUGAUGAAAAAAGCGGCGGGCGAGAGCCUACUCGCCGUAGUCACGGAAAUGUUCGAGAACCUCAACACGGUUUACGCGAUUCUAUACGACGACUUCUAUGAAGAAGACGACGAAUUGAAAUCCACCGAUUUCGAUUUAUUUGUCGUCCAGCGGCACGUUGUCUUUGUUGCGGCCAUCAUGCUGGAGUUGAUGCGAGCUGUUGCGGACGUGCAUAAGAAAGGGAUGCUACACGGUGACAUCAAAGAGGCGAAUGUAAUGCUCGAGUACAUGCCUACUUCCAAGGAAGUAAAGGGGGCUACACUGGUCGAUUUUGGCGUCGCGCAUACGGACUGGCGAUCGGCUCACCCGAAAAAAAUCGUGACGCCCGAAUACAAAGCUCCAGAGCUCACUGCAACGUACUUGAAUAGGGCGUUCUACGAUGCACACAACCCGGCGCUAGAAGUGGCAACUGUAGCGCCGGAUUGUUCACAUGCUGAGAGGCGUUUCCCGCACCCGCGAGUAGAAGAACUGCAGAAAAAACCUGGAGAGUACCUUGGUUUGUUGGCGUUGAUGCAGGACACUGACACUUCAGCGCGGACAAUAUCUCCAGGUGUUGACUCAGUGGAAAAGAUGCGCAGUGAGCUGAGCAAACACGUGGGUGAUCUCGAAAAGCAUCUAGAGGAACUGAAAAGUCUCCCGCAACAGAAGCAGCCGAGUUCCAACAGCUUAAGCUUUUCAGUUACUGUUACGGCUACAACCCCAUUUUUAGUUUAUCAUGGUAAGUAUAUAUAAGUAACGGUAACCAUUCCGGCCCCAUCAUCAGGUAGCUACUUCACCGACGAACGUACUUACACAAACUGAGUCGCCCUCACCGAGGAGACAGUGUAUGCUACGAACAAGAAGUGUGGAGGGGCAUCGAUAUCUUCGAUAUGAUAGGGUCGAUAUCUCUAAGAAAUAUGCCUUCAAGAAGAUGUUAGCAAAGGCACGAAGUGUGCAGCGCUACGCCGAGAACAUUCUGAAAGUGGACAUUUGGAGUGCGGGAAUCGUUUUUUACCGGCUGCUGUUCGGAAGCUUUCGUAUGCGUAGCCGUUCCGCCGGCUCCGCGUUUCAACUUGGCGAAGCUCCAGCACAACGGAAGGCGAAGGACAGCGUACCACGAAACAACCGCUUCUACUUUGAUCAAGUUGACAAAGAGCUCCUAGAUUUGGUCGAACCAGCUGGGCAGCGCUCCAAGGGACUGCCAGAGACAAUCAAGAGCGACAAAGAGCUCCUAGAUUUGGUCGAACCAGCUGGGCAGCGCUCCAAGGGACUGCCAGAGACAAUCAAGAGCAACAAUUUCAAUUAAGGCGAAUGAAAUAAGUUUAAGUAGUUCUUUUUUCUCCUCGUGUUUUUGAUGCCGUCGUUCUUUGUGGCUCUUCCCGUCCUCCCUUCAGGACAAAAGAAUAAAGAACGCGGGAACGAUGGAGGAAUGACGAGCAACGGGCAAAAGACUACUUGCCAACACUUCUUCUAAGCGAAGCCUGAUUCUUCUGACCCAGACAUCUUUCUCAUGAACUACCCGCAACUGCGUAUCUCUGAUUCAAAUUCCGGUCUCAAAGCGAUGUUGGCGGUUGACCCUAAAGAGCGACCAACAGCGCAAGAAGUGGUCGAGCGUCUGGAGGCAUUUCUGAAGAAGAAGCAAGGACAACAAGGCGCUAAAGAGCGCCCAACAGCGCAAGAAGUAGCUGUAUAUUCGUCCAGUAGUUUCAGUUGA